GAGUAUUCGAAUGAUACAUUUGCGCAAGCCUCUACAGUGCUUCGUGUCCGUGCUCUGAGGCCGCGGUCAGCGUGUAAUCCAGCACAGCGACUUCUUGCAGAUGGUUUCGUAGCACGUAGACUCAAAGCAAUAAGAUGGGUGACACGCUGCUAGCUUCUUCGCUAUUCGCGGCACGCCUGCCGUCUCCGUCGGUGCUGACAGGAAACUAUGCGCCACAAACGGCAGGCAUAUUCGUGGAGCAGGCCCUGCAGGAGUCGCAGCGGCGAGCUGCGGGGUCCCGGCUGGCCACGCCAGCAGCGGGAGCAUCACGCGGAAACGCGGAGGAGGUGGGUGCACUGCGCAGCCUGGCAUCGCGGCACCUCGGCACUCUGGGGCGCGGCAUGGGCAUGGGGCCAUUCCAGCCACCGCCCCAGCCCCUGACACCCAAGGGCCGCCUGCCCGCUGCAGCCCUGCAACCGGGGCCUCAGCCGCCGCGUUCCAUCUCCACGCCACCGCUGCGCUGCCACACACCGGUGCUCCUAUCCGGAGAGCCCGUGUACCACCGGGAGGGGCGAGGAGGAGGCGGCGGCGGGGGCGCCGGGGGCGGCGGCGGCAUUGCAGCCGCCUCAGGGAUACAGAGCAGCCUGCCGCAUCUGGUUGUGCCCAAUCCAGCUACUGCUGACGUCGAAGCCGGGACCGGUACAGCCGGAGCCGGGACGGGGCCAUCGGCGGGGUUCCUCUCACCACAGCACAACAUUACUGCAGCUAAUUCGGGCGUGCGCUUCUCCGGCGGCGCGCUCAGCCUGGGCGGCGCACUGCCCUCCCGCCCCGCCACCGCGCUGUCGGUGCAGGAUCUAAACCUGUCCGCACGCCCCGGCAGCCGCAUGGGGCCGCCGCCUGGCACGCCCCCCUCCCGCUCCCACCUCGGCACCGGCAGCAGCAGCUUCUCAGCCACCGGCCGUACCAACCUGCCUGGGAACGCCUCGCCGCUACGCGGCGGCUACCGGCACACCGUCACCAAGAGGCUCAUAGAGACGUCGCCGGCGGCGGCCGCGGCGGCGGAGGCCAACCGCCUGGGCGGGUUCCGGGUGACACGUGGCAUGAUGUACAGCGUGUUUCAGGAGCUGGAUGAGUACGACAGCGGGCGGCUGACGUACUCGGCGUUCGAGCAGGCGGCGUGCCGGAUCGGGAUGCGGCCAACGCAGGCGCGGCGGCUGUUUGACCAGCUGGACCCGGAGGGGCACGGGUACACCACGGUGAAGCGCUGGGUGGACCCGGUGGUGGAGCGGCAGAUGGAGCAGCUGAUCAAGCUAUACGUGCAGGCCACACGCGGCGAGGACGGCCGUCCCAAGCACGUGAAUGAGAUCGGCAGCAUCCACAUGGCCGUGCAGCUCGCCAUGAACAAGCUCAAGCUCAAGCGCUGCGGCCGGGCCGUCAGCAUCGAGCGCCUGAUCGAUGCAUUCAAAUUCAUCGACCGCGACGCCAGCGGCGCUCUGAGCCUGGAGGAGCUUGAGGACGCUCUGAACGCGCUGGGCAUUUUUGUGACACGUGACGUAUUGGACACCAUGAUGCAUACAUUUGACAAGGACGGAAACGGAGGUGUGGACUACCUGGAAUUUGUCCACAGCCUGUUCCCGAACGAGGCGAGCAACAUCAGCUCGUCCUCACGCGCCCACUGAUGCGCCCAUUGAGUGCCUUCGCCCAUGCGCACACUGACACAUAUACAUACGGUACCCCCACGCGUGCGUGUGCGCGCACCAUGAGCAAGAGAGCUCUUGCGAGCAUGGGUGUGCGGUGGUGGAUGGACGGGUGCGCAAGCGCAUGACGCCCUUGGCAACGUUGAGUUAGUGGGGGUUCUGCAGUGGUUGCUGAUGCGUCGUUUGGUGAUGCGGCUGGGGUGCGCGGGGGAGAUCUAGCAUCCUAGCAAGCCUGCACGGUUGCGCAUGCAGGGGUUCCCUGGUUGCAUAAAUGCGCGGCAACUUUGAACGGAUCUUGGGCGAGGGGCCCUUGUCUUUUGUACGAUUGGCUUGAUACCGUGCGCAUUCGUUCUUUCAGCAUCUUCUAUAAGUACUGUGCUGCAAUGCAUUGGAAAGUUGUGAUUGUGGACGACAAUUGCUGCCUGUUGUGGAACCAGCAGGUCUAGUGGAGGGGCGUACCUGGCUGCGGGGGUUGAAGGUUUGUCCACUGCAAGCGAGCCCAGAGCGAAAGAGUGUUAUCUGGCCCGGGCAUGGGCCCUGGUUUGUCACAAUCAGGGCUGCAGGGGCCGGGGUGAGCAACUCAGGUGUCACGCCCCGUUUGGCCUGCUUGCAAAGGUGCAAAAGGCACCCCUCUGCCUGAGAAUGCGCUCUAGCAGCAGCAUGUGUUUUGCACCGAAACGUGCCACCCGCUGACCCGCAAUUGCAUCCGCCCCUGGCCAGUGUGUCGGGUACUAUCGCCUGUGUAGCAGGGUAGCUGGUCAAAAGGCAUCUCAAGAUA